AUGGCUGAAAAGGAACCUGCCGAAAACUCCCCUGCUAAGAACCCUCCAGCUGCUGAAAAUUCCAAGGAGCAGGAAGAGGAGUCCCAGGAGGAUGACAUUGAGUUGGAAGGGGAAGAGGACAUUCUGCAUGCUGAAAUUGCUAAGCUGCAGAAUCAUGCUGCUGAGCAGGAUACGCGCAUCCAGCAGCAGCAGUCACUCAUUACCAACCUCAAGAGGGAGCUCUCUGACCAGGACAACAAAAUCAAGUACCUGGAAGUUGAGCUUAAGAACACGAAACACGACGCACGGGAGCACGUUCAUCAGCUGGCGAGACGGACUUCAAAGAUCAACGAGCUGCAUGAGGCUUUCAGGGCCCUACGAAGGGAGACCAUGUUUCGCCCUGCACCACGAGCGGACCCGCCUGCCAAUUCUACUAGCGGACGCACCCACCCCUCUCGCUCUGGUGGUGUGGCGGGUGACCCCGGACCUUCUACGCAGCGCGCUGCUGAGCCGAACACGCAGGUUUUUGGCUCUCUUCCAAUUACCCUCCCGCCAUUCAUCCAUGGCAAGACGGAUGUGGCAGCAUGGUUGUCGAUGAUGACCGACCUGUUCAAGGCUCACAAGGUCCAUGACGUCGCUCGCGUCGUCGCUGCCACCACCGUGCUGGACCAGAAUGCACAGCGAGUGGUGUAUGGCAGCAAGAUCCAGGCUGAGGCGGAUAGGAAGCCGUUUGGGUGGGAGGAAUUUGCCUCUGCACUCAAGCAAGCUUUCCAGCAGUACGCUAUGGAGUUCGAGGAGAUAUGGGUGCUGCAGAAACCGGCGGAACGUAUGAUCGAAGGCGAGAAGAUCCACCUCUUCUUCACGGGCCUGCCUAAGCACCUCCAGAGCAUGCACAUGACGGAUGGGGCUGGGGAGUCGUGGAGGUCCUACGAUCACGUGAAGUGCAUGGUGGGGACCACUGAUAAGCAUUUCCGUGCUUAUGCGAAAACUACUACCCAGUCGCAGCAGGCCUCAAUGCCGUCGUCUAGCCCCGCGAGUCCUAACGGAAGGCAGCAGGCAACGCCUUGGAAGGGCAAGAACCACAAGAGGCCUUUCCAGCAAGGACAGCUGGCUGACCACAAGGCCAAGAAGGUCAACGAGGGUGGACCAAGCAAUUUCCAGAGCUACUUCAAGUGCGGCAAGCCUGGACACAAGGGUUACGAGUGCCACCAUCGCAAGUCGGUGAAUUACUCUGGCAAGCCCAAGACGGACAACAAGCGCCAUGAUGGCAGUGGCCCCUCGGGCGGCCAGCGGGAUUUUGCAAAGACCAACAAGGGGGUGGGUACCUAG